AUGGGAGACCACAGCCGCCGCCGGUGGCUUGGGGCGUGGGUAGCAAGAAACUUUUUAGUGAGGCUGUUCGUGAGGAAUCAUGGUACGUGGGGGGAAUCAGACAACGAGGAUGUGGUGGAGGAGAUGAGUGAAGAUACAACGAAGGAGGAUACUGCUCAUGAGGAAGACCCCCGCUGCCCUACGAUUUAUUUCUCGCCCGAGGAGUGGCGGAGCUACAGGCGUGAAUGGAGAUCAGCGCUCAUGGUGAAGGUACUCGGCCGAUCCUACCCCUACCCAGUCAUAUCCAAGCGUCUCAAUAUGCUGUGGGCGAGGAAUGGGACAAUUCAGAUAAUGAAUAGACCGAACGGUUUCUUCUUUGUGCGGUUCACAAGCAAGAUGGAUUACGAGCUGGCUCUUACGGGAGGCCAAUGGCUGAUAGGAGACAACUACAUCACUACUCAGAAGUGGAAGAAGGGGUCCAACCCAAGAACUUGUCAGGUUGACUCUACCUCGAUUUGGAUCAGAUUACCUGACCUUCCUAUUGAGCUCUACCACCCUGAAGUUGUGCUACGCAUAGCCAAACGAGCGGGUACACCGAUCCGAUUUGGUAGAGCGACCGAGCUGGGAGCUAGAGGUGUCUUCUCCAGGGCAUGCAUUGAGUUUGAUCUAACGAAGCCCCUUCUACCAAAGUAUAAGGUGGCAGGAGUGGAGUAUGAGAUCAAGUACGAAGGCCUAGAAAACAUAUGCUUCGAGUGUGGAACCUAUGGACACUCCAAGGCCCACUGUCCCUCAUUACACAAGUCUAAUGAAGCCAACUAG